GGAAUAUUCCGUUUUGAACACACCCCAUUACAUGAAUAUGUGGUCCGGAUGAAGCUCCGCCUUUUGAACUGUAAGCUUUCAUGUCUGGGUUCGGCAGACUUGUUCCUCUAGCGAAUACAAAUGAACACUGAAGAUCAUCGUCGGGUUUAAAAUAAUCGCUUAAGUGGAACUGGCUGGGUGUUUUCACAAUGGGUAAUUCAAAUUGCCACAACCAUUUGGGUAUCCCACGGGGAAAAGGACCCCAUCAAGUUGGAUGCACAGAUGUGAUGGUUGGCCACACAGUUCAGGGAUCAUUCUUCAGACUGUAUUAUCCGUGCCAACCGUCAGAAAAUCCUGAGUUGCCGGACUGGGUCCCGUGCAAAGAGUAUUUUAACGGCCUUGCAGACUUCAUGAAAAUGAAGAGAGCACUAAGUGAAAGAAUCUUCAACUACUUCUUUGGCUCUUAUAAAAUCCCAGCAGCUUGGAAUGCAUCGUUUAAACCAGAUGGGAAAUAUCCUGUUAUUAUAUUUUCGCAUGGAUUAGGAGCUUUCAGGACAUUGUAUUCGGCCAUAUGUGUCGAAAUGGCCUCGCAGGGCUUUAUUGUUUCUGCUGUGGAACACAGAGAUGAAUCUGCUUCUGCGACAUUUUCCUUCAGAGAACAUACUGAACCAGGGACAAAAAAGCAUGUGUCAUGUGACAUAUCCAAGCCUGUAUCCAAAAACCUGGAGGAGGACUGGAUGUACUACAGGGCACUUAAACUAGGCGAGGAAGAGAUUCCUCUAAGAAACAAGCAAGUAAAGCAAAGAGCUGAUGAAUGCAUCCGAGCUUUAAAUAUCCUCAUUGAUAUUAAUUCAGGAAAGACUGUGGAAAACGUCUUACAGAGCGUGUUUGACUUAUCAACGAUGAAGAAUUCCAUGGAUUUGUGCAAAAUAGCAGUUAUGGGACAUUCCUUUGGAGGUGCAACGGUGAUUGAAUGCUUGUGCAAGGAGGUCAAAUUCAAGUGCGGUGUUGCAUUGGACACUUGGAUGCUUCCUCUGAAAGAUGAGAUCUUCCCAAGCGUAAAGCAGCCCAUCUUUUUUAUCAACUCUGAAAAAUUCCAGUGGAUUGGGAAUAUCAUCCGUAUGAAGAAGCUGGACUCUUCUGUCAUAGCCAGAAAGAUGAUAACCAUCAAAGGAACAGUGCAUCAGAGCUUUCCUGAUUUCACAUUUCUUACUGGUAACUGGAUUGGAAAGCUUAUGAAUCUGAAAGGCGAGAUCGAUCCAUAUAUUGCAAUGGAUCUUUCCAACAAAGCAACCUUGGCUUUUCUUCAACAGCAUUUAGCUCUGGACAGAAACUUUAAUCAGUGGGAUCCAUUGAUCGAUGGAAAAGAUGAUAACUUGAUUCAAGGAACCAAUAUUAUUAUACCACAGUCAUCUAUUUAAUCAAGCAAUAUAAAAUGUUUCAGUACAAUUUUUUUGAUGUUACACUGCAACAAAUGGGAUUAUAAAGCUACACGUUUGAAAUCAGUUUUUAAAAAUGCAAGAAAUAUUUUGGGGUGUAUUUUGAAUUUGAAAGUGAUCAGAUGUUAAUUCUAUCUAGUAAUUUAAUCAGGGCAAAACUACAAACUCUACAUUUAUAAAGGGUACCACUCGUCACAUCCUUCCAAAGCAGACUUGCAAGAUACAGUUUUUUUUAACCCGUUUCCCUGUGCCUUAAUGGUUUUGUAAAUAUUUUAAAAAAUAUAUAUAAUAUUAAGAUUUUGAAAAUGAAUUACCAUGAAACGUUAUGAACUGUUCAUUAAAGCCUGCUUGUGCUGCCCUAUCAAGAGAACAAUUCAGAUAUCCUCAUUCCUGAAAACAUCAGAAUUGUUCCUUUUCUAAUUUUCAUUGAAAUCAGUUUUCAAUUUUAUACACUAAUGUACAGAAAUGUUUGGGACUGUCUCCUAAAAAAUUAGCAGUAUUGUGUAGAAAUGUACAAGAUGUGUUUGUAUGUCUUUGGAACUUUAUUAAACAAAAUCUUUCCUUA